UUUUUUUUUGGCUUCUUUCCCAUUUCUCAAACAGAGCAGAGCAUCAGCCAUGGAUCCAGAGACUGAGUUCCUUGUAUCGAAACGAAAGACCGGAAACGAAUGGGAACUCUUCAAAGAAAACGUUAGGCCUUUGAAGAGAGGCCGCAAUGUCGACCUCUUAAACCAUGCUCUCAAAGCUCACACCGAUGAUCAACUCAAGAAAUCUCUCCUUGAUAACCGAAGGAGAUUGAUUGAGGCAAUUGACGAGUAUGAAGGAGAAGAUCCACUCCAGCCUUGGCUUGAUUGCAUUAAAUGGGUUCAAGAAGCAUUCCCACCAGGUGGAGACUUCUCGGGUCUCGUAUUGAUCUACGAGCAAUGUGUUCGAGCUUUCUGGCAUUCAGAUCGUUAUAAAGAUGACCUCCGCUACCUCAAAAUUUGGUUAGAAUAUGCUGAGCAUUGUAGUGAUGCUGAGGUCAUUUAUAGUUUUCUUGAUGCAAAUGACAUUGGGAAGACACAUUCAGCAUUCUAUAUAGCAUAUGCUUUGCACAUGGAGUCCAAGUCUAAGAUGAAAGCAGCAAAUGAUAUACUCAAUCGUGGGAUAUCCAGCAAUGCUCAACCAAUAGAGAAGCUGAAGGAUGCUUACAAGAAAUUUCUUGCUCGCUCAAUGAGAGGACCUAAAGAAACUGACGAAGAGUUGAAGGAUGACGACUUACCAACCCGAAGUUUUGGAGCCCUAUUGGCCAGGGGAGAGAGUCAAAGGCAGGCCAACAAGACUUUUGAGCUUGGCAGGAAUAAAUUGAAGCAAGAGAAUCAUAGGAUUCAGAGAACUCCACUUUCUAUUUACAAUGACAACAAUAUGGAUGUGAUGAGGGGUCAUCCCUCUAAGCCAAGUACUUAUUCAAACUCUUGGCACACUCUUGGAGGUAGAGCUGAGAGAAACAAAGAAAAUAAUGCAGUGCCUGCAAAGUGGACAUCAUACAAGGUUCCACAAAGACCUGUUCCAAGAACCAUGGGGACUGGUUCAAGUGCUCAUAUUGAAGUUUUUGUUGAUGAGGAAUGUGCAGAAAUGCCAAAAGCGGCCUAUGAGAAGGAUAGAACUUCAAGUCUGCAACUGAGAGAGUUGGAUGGAAAAAACAUAAAAAAGGAAACUGAGUUACUUAGGGAGAAUCCAUUGCGGAAUUUCCCUUCAAACAGCCUACCUAGGUGAUUUCAAAUCUCGAAUGACAAUGGUGGUUCUUGAGGUGUGGUUGUUUCAUUUUCAUGGUGGGAUCUGCUUUUAACUCCAAAGCCUGAUCCAUAAUACCAUGUCGUACUACGUGUUUUACUUGUUUUUGUGGGCUUUAAGGUUUCAUUUUUACUGUUAUCUCGAUAAGUGUGUAAUGCUUGCUUUUAAGUUUGUUCAUGAUUUACCAUUGAAAUUUUGA